AUGAAACUCUCAUCUGCCGCCUUGGUGGCCUUCGCAGCUCCUGUGAUUGCCCAGCAGACCACCAACACGUAUGCAACUACAACUAUCACUAGCAUGCACACGGUCACGGCUACACUGACCUGUGAGCCCUCCGACUACGUCACCAGUACCCGAACCCUUAUUGAGUAUGAAGAUGAUAGAUGCAUCGUCAACAACUUUGUCUACUCACACUGCAAGUUCCUCCCCCCUUCUACCACCUGUCCCCCCGAGUUCCAGACUUGGGUCACAAAGACCACGGAAACGGAGUCGGGGUUUUCUAUUUGGACCACUGAAGUCGUGGUGAUGGAGUGCUUAUCUACACCUGUCAGUGUCCCCAUCACAACCACCGAUCCUGCCACCAUUCCUGAGUCCACCGAGCCUGCAACUUCCACCGAGUCCACCACUAGUCCAGAGACUUCUCCACCAAUCUCAGAGGAGCCCAGCACUUCGGAGGAGCCCACUACUUCGGAGAAGCCCAUUACUUCGGAGGAGCCCACUACAUCCCCUGAGACCUCUAAGCAGCCCACGACCUCUGAGCAGCCCACCACUUCGGAGGAUCCCACUACUUCGGAGGAGCCCACUACAUCGGAGGAGCCCACGACUACAUCGGAGGGGCCCACUACAUCGGAAGAGCCUACUACAUCCCCUGAGACCUCUGAGCAGCCCACGACCUCUGAGCAGCCCACGACCUCUGAGCAGCCCACGGCUACAUCGGAGGAGCCCACUACAUCGGAAGAGCCUACUACAUCCCAUGAGACGUCUGAGCAGCCCACGACGUCUGAGCAACCAACUACAUCCCCUGAAACUUCUGCUCCUACCACUAAUGAGGAGCCGACAUCUUCAAGUCCUGUUACAGACCCUUGCACCACUGUCACCACCAUCGUGACCACACCCCCAGGGGAAGAACCUACAACCUACACAACAACUGUUGACACCUGUUCCAGUGAUCCUACUCCUCAGCCACAAACUUCCGGAUCUACCACCACAGAUCCUUGCUUGGAGACCACCACUAUUGUUUCUACUCCCAUCACCGGCGAGCCCAGCACUUUCACCAUCACUACAGACGUGUGCUCGUCGUCCGUUCCCAUCACAGAGUGUGUGACGACCAUUGUCUCAAAUCCUCCAGGUGAAGUGCCUACUACCCUGACGGUUACGACCGACGUUUGCACUCCCGAGCCAACUACAGAGAUAACCAGUGCUCCAGUUACCGAGUGCACCACUACAGUGGUUUCUACACCUCCAGGUGGUGAUCCUACCACCAUGACCGUUACCACUGACGUUUGCACUCCCGAACCAGUGACCUCCGAGCCAGUGACCUCCGAGCCAGUGACCUCCGAGCCAGUGACCUCCGAGCCAGUGACCUCCGAGCCAGUGACCUCCGAGCCAGUGACCUCCGAGCCAGUGACCUCCGAACCAGUGACCUCCGAACCAGUGACCUCCGAACCAGUGACCUCCGAACCAGUGACUCCUACAGAGUGCAUUACAACCGUGGUCUCGACUCCUCCAGGUGAAGAGCCUACUACCCUGACGAUUACGACUGACAUUUGCACUACCGAGCCCCCUACUCAGACAACCAGUGCCCCCGUUACGGAGUGCACAACUACAGUGGUUUCUACUCCCCCAGGAGGCGACCCUACUACCCUGACGAUUACCACUGACGUUUGUACUCCUGAGCCAGUGACUUCGGAGCCAGUGUCCCCCACAGAGUGUAUCACGACCGUGGUUUCAACCCCUCCCAAUGGUGAGCCCACCACACUGACGGUCACAACAGAUUACUGCCCUCCUGUGAGCACUCCUGUGGUCCCUACCGACUGUGUCACAACCACAACUGUCACCACCACUGAUCCUGCUGGCGAGCCUUCCACUGUGACCACCACAAUCGAUAACUGCCCUACACCUGAACCCGUUACCACCACCGACUGCAUCACCACUACAGUUGUGACCACCGUAACUGUUUGUGAAGACGAGUGCACUACCAUCCCCGUGACUAUUACUACAGAAGUUCCUUCCCUGCACUCUUCCACCACCAUUGUCACCACUAUCGAAAACAAGACCGUGACUCUGACUGUUCCUUGUGAUCCCGAAGAGACCCCCUCCAUCACCGAGCCCGUCGAGGUGCCUUCUGUCCCCACCACUGUCACCGAGAUCCUUACUGAGACCACUUCAAUAUGUGAUAACGAGGAGUGUUAUGAGACCACUACAGUGGUAACCAAGACAGUUGUCCAUUCUGUGCCUGUCGAGGAGAUCAAGCCCACUCCUGAGGUUGAGAAGCCUACUCCUGAGGUUGAGAAGCCUACUCCUGAGGUUGAGAAGCCUACGCCCGAGAAGCCUACUCCCGAGGUUCCUGAGAAGCCUACUCCCGAGGUUCCUGAGAAGCCUACUCCUGAGGUUGAGAAGCCUACGCCCGAGAAGCCUACUCCUGAGGUUCCUGAGAAGCCUACGCCCGAGAAGCCUACUCCCGAGGUUCCUGAGAAGCCUACUCCUGAGGUUGAGAAGCCUACGCCCGAGAAGCCUACUCCUGAGGUUCCUGAGAAGCCUACUCCUGAGGUUGAGAAGCCUACGCCCGAGAAGCCUACUCCUGAGGUUCCUGAGAAGCCUACUCCUGAGGUUGAGAAGCCUACGCCCGAGAAGCCUACUCCUGAGGUUCCCCAGAGUGAGAAGCCUACGCCCGAGAAGCCUACGCCCGAGAAACCCACACCUGAGGUUCCCGAGCCCGAACAGCCCUCUCCUUCUCCCGAGAAUUCCUCUCCUCAUCCCCAGCAUCCCUCUUCUCCUGAGACUUCCACUCCUAGUCAGCCAGGCGAGCAACCCGUCCCCGAGCAGUCUGUCCCUGAAACUCCUGGAUCUGGCCCAGAACAGGCCAACCUGGCUGUUACUCUCAAGGCCACGACUCUAGCUUCACUGUUUCCGCUGAUGGCUCUUCUCAUCUAG